UUGAAUACCAGCAGGUGCAACUAAAACCCAGUAUUUUGCUUCUAUUAAAAUGCACCCCCUCUUAUUUAUCACACUUUCGUUCACUAGAGCAGUGGAGUCCACUAGAACUGAUCCUGUCUACAACAACUGAAAACAAUUAAUGUUACAUAACAGCAAUAACUCCCUUACGGUGCCCCUCAAAUGAAGAUAUUCUUAAAUAUUUUGAAUAGACAGUUGUAAUUUAGUGACUUGCUGAUAAAAUGCAAAUAAAUAUAAUGAGGAUUAUGUUUGGUGUCUCAUUCUGCAUAAAUGUGCUAUUUAAAAAUCUCAGUCUGGCUCCAGUUAAAGGGAUAGUUCACCCAAAAAUGAAAAUUCUCUCAUUAUUUACUCACUCUCAUGACAUCCCAGAUGUGGAAGGCUUUCUUUGUUUUGCUGAACACAAAUGAAGAUUUUUAGAAAAAUAUCUCAGCUCUGUUUGACCAUUCAAUGCAAGUGAAUAGUGCUCCAAAAAGCACAUAAAUGCAGCAUAAGAGUAAUCCAUGUCUUCCAUGAUAGGUGUGGGUGAGAAACAGAUCAAUAUUUAAUUUAUGGGUGAACUGUCCCUUUUAUCAGUUAAUUACUAUACAUUAAGGUAAACAUUAAGAGUUUUGUUAAGCAUCAUAAAUGUGUUCUGCUGGUGGUGUCACAGAGAUGGAGAAGUAUGAGAAGAUCAGUAAGAUCGGCGAAGGCUCGUACGGCAUAGUGUUCAAGUGCAGGAAUAAAGACACUGGACAAAUUGUCGCCAUCAAGAAGUUCAUGGAGUCUGAGGACGACCCCAUCAUUAAGAAAAUAGCGCUCAGAGAAAUCCGCAUGCUGAAGCAACUGAAACAUCUCAACCUGGUGAAUCUGAUCGAAGUGUUCAGGAGAAAGAGAAAACUGCAUCUGGUGUUUGAAUACUGCGACCACACUGUCCUCAACGAGCUGGACAGAUACCCACGAGGUGUUCCAGAGCACAUGGUAAAAAGCAUCAUCUGGCAAACACUUCAAGCUUUGAACUUCUGUCACAAACAAAAAUGUAUUCACAGAGAUGUGAAGCCUGAAAAUAUACUCAUUACCAAACAACAGGUCAUCAAACUCUGCGACUUUGGCUUUGCCAGGAACCUCACUGGUCCAUGUGAUUAUUACACGGAUUAUGUAGCAACACGGUGGUACCGAGCUCCAGAACUGUUAGUGGGAGACACGCAGUACGGCCCGCCAGUGGACGUCUGGGCAGUGGGCUGUGUGUUUGCUGAGCUGCUCUCUGGCGUCCCUCUAUGGCCAGGCAAAUCUGAUGUAGACCAGCUCUAUCUCAUAAGGACAACUUUAGGUGAGUUGAUUCCUCACCAUCAGCAGGUGUUCAGCACUAACCAGUUCUUCAGCGGAGUUUGUGUCCCUGAACCGCAGGAGCCGGAGCCUGUUGAACUGAAGUAUCCGAACCUCUCGUACCAGGCGCUAAGCCUCAUGAAGGGCUGUUUGCGGAUGGAUCCAGCUGAGAGGUUAUCCUGUGAGCAGUUAUUGGAACAGCCGUACUUUGACAGUCUGCGAGAGGAGAGCGAGAGCGCAACUCGUGAACUGGACCUCAAGAGACGCACACGGCAGCCACGCAAACACCUGCCACCUGGGUAUCUGCCCCAAUUGGCCAGCAGUACUGUGUUCCCAUCUGUGGAAACAAGAAAAUACUACAACAACCUGCGCAAGUUCAACUAUCAUCUGCCCAACAUCUGAUGCACUUCGACUCCUCAGGAACCCAGAAACUGACCAUCCACCUCCCAGCUGGUGUGUGUGUGUGUGUGUGUGUGUGUGACAGACAAAAGGCUCUGCCUGUAGAACAAUGAUGUCACACUGCCAAAGCAAAGACUCACAGAGGAAUUUCUGUUGUUAUUAUAAGUAUAUAAUGACAACAGCAAUAAUAACUUUAAUAAAACUGCAUGUUGUGCUGUGCUUGAUAGUUUGAUUACAGGCUGAGAUCAGAGCUGUAGAAGAGUUAGUACUGUGGGACUUUUUUAUUUUUUAAGAUACUUUACUACAAAUGCUAAUGAUUCUUCAUGUAUGUUUGAAGUGUGCAUAUGACUGAAAUAAUUUUGCGAGACAUAACUUUGUGUUUUGGUCAACAGCAUUUAUCAUCCCCUGUGGACAUAAUUAUCUUUUCAUUGCCUUAACGACUGGUGCUAAUAAUUGAGCCACUGACAUGCACUGGAUGCCAAACUUCAGGAACAUGAUUCACAAUUCUGAAAACAUGGAAAGUAAUGGAUAAGAAAU